GAGGCGUCGUUUCCCCCCCUUAGCCCGGCUGAGCAGUUAACAGUGGGGCUGAGGAUUUUCUCUCUCUCUCAGCCGGCUGAACAGGGAGCCUGCGUCGACUGGGAUCCGCCUCUGGAAGCCCCGGGUAGGUGGGAUGAAUCCAGGCCUCCCCGCCAUCCCAGCCUGCUGAACAGCAAACAUUUAACAGCGCUUCAGCCUGCGCUGGCUUGGAGUGUAAACUAAUCACAUUGUAUCAUGGCGGCAGACUCCAUGGAAAUUGAUGAUGCUUUGUAUAGUCGGCAGAGGUAUGUUCUUGGAGACACAGCAAUGCAGAAGAUGGCUCAGUCUCAUGUAUUCCUGAGUGGUAUAGGUGGUCUUGGUGUGGAGAUUGCCAAAAAUAUAAUUCUGGCUGGGGUAAAGGCUCUUACAGUUCAUGACACCAAGCAGUGCACGAAAUGGGAUUUGGGGAUCAACUUCUUCAUCCAUGAAGAUGACAUUACCAGUCAAAGGAACAGGGCUGAGGCCACGCUUCAUCGUAUUGCAGAACUUAAUCCAUAUGUCCAUGUAGCAGCAUCAACUGUGCCACUAGAUGAAACCACAGAUCUGUCUUUUCUAAAGCAGUACCAGUGUGUCAUAUUGACUGAAGUAAGUCUGUUGCUGCAGAAGAAGAUUAAUGACUUUUGUCAUGCUCAGCAGCCACCUAUUAAGUUCAUCAGUGCAGAUGUAUAUGGAAUAUGUUCACGUUUGUUUUGUGACUUUGGUGAUGAAUUUGAAGUGCUGGAUACAACGGGCGAGGAGCCAAAGGAGAUCUUCAUUUCAAAUAUAACACAAUCAAAUCCUGGUAUUGUCACCUGCCUUGAAAAUCACCCACACAGGCUUGAAACGGGACAGUUCUUAACCUUUCGGGAAGUUAAUGGAAUGUCAUGCUUAAAUGGAUCCACACACCAAAUAACAGUGGUGUCACCUUAUUCCUUCAGCAUUGGUGAUACAUCAGAUAUGGAGCCUUACUUACAUGGAGGCAUAGCUGUCCAAGUGAAGACGCCCAAGAUGUUUUACUUUGAACGGUUGGAAAAGCAGAUAACAAAUCCAUUAUGCCUUGUCGCAGAUUUUAGCAAGCCUGAGGCACCUUUGCAGAUCCAUGUCGCCAUGCUUGCCUUGAACCACUUCCAGGAGAACUUUGGUCGUGGACCGAACAUUGGGUGCCUUCAAGAUGCUGAGGAAAUGCUGAAAAUAGCCAUGUCUAUAAGUGAAACACUGGAAAACAAACCUCAGGUGAAUGGAGAUGUAGUGAAAUGGCUGUCUAGGACUGCUCAGGGAUUUCUAGCUCCUCUGGCUGCAGCAGUGGGUGGUGUUGCUAGCCAGGAAGUCUUGAAAGCAGUAACAGGAAAAUUUUCUCCAUUGCAGCAGUGGCUAUAUAUAGAUAUGUUAGACGUUGUAACACCUCUAGAAAAGAUGGGCUCUGAAGAAUUUCUUCCACGGGGAGAUAGGUAUGAUGCCUUGAGGGCUUGUAUUGGAGACUCUCUGUGCCAGAAGCUGCAUGAUUUGAAUGUUUUCUUGGUUGGCUGUGGAGCGAUAGGCUGUGAAAUGCUAAAAAACUUUGCACUUCUUGGUGUCGGUAGUGGGCAAGAAAAAGGAUUAGUUACAAUUACAGAUCCAGACCUGAUAGAGAAAUCCAACCUGAACAGGCAGUUUCUUUUUCGACCUCAUCAUAUACAGAAACCUAAAAGCUAUACUGCAGCAGAAGCAACUCUGAACAUCAAUCCCUACUUAAAGAUUGACUCAUAUAUUAAUAAAGUUUGUCCAGCCACUGAGAACACUUACAGCGAUGAAUUCUAUACCAAGCAAGAUGUGAUUGUGACUGCUUUGGACAAUGUUGAGGCAAGGAGAUACAUUGAUAGUCGCUGUGUAGCAAACCUGCGUCCUCUUAUAGACUCUGGAACUAUGGGAACAAAAGGACACACAGAAGUUAUUGUGCCCCGUCUGACAGAGUCCUAUAAUAGUCACCGGGAUCCACCAGAAGAAGAAAUACCUUUUUGCACCUUGAAGUCUUUUCCAGCUGCCAUUGAGCAUACGAUACAGUGGGCAAGAGAUAAGUUUGAAAGUUCAUUUUCUCACAAGCCUUCAUUGUUUAACAAAUUCUGGCAAACCUAUCCAUCCGCGCAAGAAGUUUUACAGAGAAUAAAAUCAGGUGAGAGCUUAGAAGGCUGUUUUCAUGUUAUUAAAACACUCAGUAGAAGACCUCGAAGUUGGACUCAAUGUGUGGAACUAGCAAGAGUAAAAUUUGAGAAGUAUUUUAGCCAUAAGGCUCUUCAGCUCCUUCAUUCAUUUCCCCUCGAUACACGAUUAAAAGAUGGAAGUUUGUUUUGGCAAUCACCGAAGAGGCCACCUUUCCCAGUGAAGUUUGAAUUUAAUGAUCCUUUGCACUGUGGUUUCAUUGUGAGCGCAGCAAAACUCUUUGCAACAGUGUACUGUGUUCCCUUCACAGAAAAGGAUUUGUCAGAGGAAACUAUUUUGAAGAUUAUUUCAGCUGUGAAGGUACCAGAGUUCAGACCUUCAAACAAAGUUGUACAGACUGAUGAGACUGCAAGGAAACCAGAUCAUAUUCCAGUCAGCAGUGAGGAUGAAAGAAAUGCUAUUUUCCAGCUGGAGAAGUCUAUACUAUCCAAUGAAGCUCUGGAAAAUGAUUUGCAAAUGAAGCCCAUCUCCUUUGAAAAAGAUGAUGAUAGUAAUGGGCAUAUAGAUUUCAUAACAGCAGCAUCAAACUUGCGAGCCAAGAUGUACAACAUUGAACCAGCAGAUCGGUUCAAAACAAAGCGUAUUGCUGGAAAGAUUAUUCCUGCAAUUGCAACAGCUACUGCUGCAGUGUCAGGGCUGGUUGCACUGGAACUCAUUAAAGUUGUGGGUGGCUACUCAGCUGAUGCAUACAAGAACUGUUUUCUGAACCUAGCCAUUCCCAUAAUGAUCUUUACAGAAACUGCUGAAGUAAGAAGAACAGAAAUCAGAAAUGGGAUAUCAUUUACAAUCUGGGACAGGUGGACAGUUUAUGGGAAAGAGGAUUUUACUCUGUUGGACUUCAUAAAUGCUGUCCGAGAGAAAUAUGGAAUUGAACCAACUAUGGUUGUACAGGGAGUCAAAAUGCUGUAUGUUCCUGUGAUGCCCGGUCAUAUUAAAAGAUUAAAGCUGACGAUGCAAAAGCUCGUGAAACCAUCAGCUGAUAAGAAGUAUGUGGAUUUGACAGUAUCAUUUGCUCCAGAGACUGAUGGAGAGGAAGACUUGCCAGGACCACCAGUGAGAUACUACUUUGUUCAGGAAGACAAUUGAUGGUAGAGACACACAAGUCACUCCUGGACCAUUUGUUCUGAAAGGAGUGUGCUAAUUUUCAGCUAUUAAAGAUGGUACUAUAUGUUUCUUUUUGGUGAAGCCUUAAUUAAAACAAAGGGUGAAAAUCAGUGGCUUUGCACUGAAGACAAACUGGAUUUAUGUUUCAUCUCCUGUUUUCUUCAAACCUGUUUGCUCAAAGGAGGUUUGGUCACUCCAUGAGAUGGAAUGUCUAGUAUGAUCCUUACCUUAAAGACAAGAUUUGUAUUAAUUUGUGGGGAGCUGAAGAAGUCAAGAAGAAUGGUGAACCUAAUGAAUGGUCCCCAUGUGCAAAUUAGGCACUGCUUAAAGAAGAGCAAAAAAUGGGGAAACUGCCAUUUUAUGAUACUCCUGGUGUUCUAAGAACAUCUUGAACCCAUUUCAUAUGUUACCUAAUUCUCAAACAAGAGUUUCACUCUUGCCAUCUACAUGUGAGAUUUAAUCUCAUCUGGAAGGUUUAAAGUCCCACUUAAAAGCAAAUGAACUGCUUUAUUGUGGUGUUGGUACUCUCUUCUGCACAGUGAGUGAUGCUGUGUGUCAAGCACCUGUCUUAUGUCAGUCUUAACAUGGAAACAGGGAGGCAGAUCUUGAGUAGGUGUAAAUUGUCACAGCUCCCCUGAAGUAAAGAGAGCUGGAGUUGGUGAUUAUCUGCACUAAGACUGUUCCUUGGGGAAUACUGCAAUAUGGCGAAAGUGGAAACCUAUUGGAAAGCUGAGUUAACACUUUCAACAAUAAAACUUUGUCUUCAAGAAAAAGUCAGUGUUUGGUGUAGUUGAGCCUUUCUGCUCUUACCAAAUCAAAAACACUGUAGCAAAUGAUAACUCUGAAAGGAGGAACUGGGAAGUGGCUCUGGAUGUUUAUCAUGGCAAACAGUUUUCUCAGCAGCUUCUUCUGGUACCAUUUCCUUAUAGCAAUUGAUUAUGCUGUACAGCUGUCCACAGGACAAGUCUGAGUCACACUGAACACUGAGGUUUUUAUUGUCAUCAGUCAGUUACUAGGAUAUCUAAGUAUAAAGAGUUUGCUUAAUUAGAAAUAAUUAGGAACUAGCUUUGCUGCUGUGGUGAGACAGGUGCAUUACAGAAACAUCCAUUACAACCUUAUUUUCUCUUAUCAUUUGAACACUGGAUAGUUGAGCUGGCAGUUCUUUUUUUCUCCCAGUGAUGGUAGAGUGAAUUGGAGUUUGAAUAAAAGCUUAUAAACUGGAAAACCUUUCUAUGUGUUUUAAGCUUUAGAGACUGUGAUUGCACAUUUAUCUUCUGCAGCUGUUGCAAAAGCUACUGGCAACUUGGCUACUUACCCUUGGUCAUAUUUUUUUAAGCUUUAGGAAUAUCUUCACAUUUAAUGAACAUUAUUGGUUAGGAAUUUUACCUCUCCUUUUUUCCCUUCUUGGUUUGAUGCAGUCAGGAUUAACAGCUAUUACACUGGGUACUUGAACACCAAGUUGUAUGGAACUGAAUAGCUGGAAUCAAUACAAUUAUUCCAAUAUUUGGGAUUUAGUCAUAUCUGUGGGAUGUCUUCUGGAAAGUGUAUAUAGUUUUACAGUCAGUCUAGUUUAUAGAUAUAAUUUUCUAGAUUAAUAACGCUGCUUUUUAAGCUACCUAACUUCAUUUUUUUUUUUAAGAUCUACUUUUAAAGAAACUUUGAAACAGGAGGAAAGAUGACUAUA